AUGGGGCGUUCUUUUGAAGAACAUCUUCAAAAUGUUAGACGUAUACUGCAAAAGCUGAAGGAAGCUAACCAGAAAUUAAGCCCGUCCAAGUGCCACCUAUUCAGGAGUGAAGUCGCCUAUCUUGGGCAUAUCAUUUCGGUAGAAGGUGUUCGAACAGACCCGGAUAAGAUAUCGGCUGUAAGACACUGGACCUGCCCGACGGAUGUUCACCAGCUCCGAAGUUUCUUAGGCUUAUGUACGUAUUACCGGAAAUUCGUGAAAAACUUCUCAACAAUCGCCAGACCACUCCAUAAGCUGACCGAAGCGAAACUGAAAUUCAUCUGGACGGACGAGUGUGACAACGUCUUCAACAAGCUCAAAGACGCCCUAACAUCUGCUCCCGUCCUGGCCUGUCCUGAAAUUGGAAAGCAAUUUAUUCUGGAUACGGAUGCAAGCCAUGAAUGCAUCGGAGCUGUGUUGUCCCAAGAAAUAGAUGGACAGGAGCGUUUCAUCGCCUAUUUCAAGUCAACAGGCGGAAAGCCUAGCUGGCAGGACAUCGUCCCUUUCCAUCCUACAAUGAAGCGUUACUGGGCUCUUUGGGAUUCUCUCCAUCUACGAAAUGGUGUUCUGUAUCGCAAAUGGGAGUCUGACGAUGGAAAAGCAUUCAGAUGGCAAUUAAUACUCCCAAAGACAAGAGUAUCAACAGUCCUUAAGGAACUCCAUGGCAGUCCGACUGGGGGUCAUUUUGGUCCUGGGAAACAUAUUAAAGGAAGACUGCAGCUGUAUAAUGUGGGGGCACCUUUCGAACGAAUAGCUUUUGACAUCCUAGGCCCCCUUCCUAGGUCAUUAGAUGGCAACAACAACAUCCUGGUUUUCAUGAACUACUUCACUAAAUGGCCUGAAGCUUAUCCCAUUCCCGAUCAAGAAGCCCCAACUGUUGCAGAAAUUCUAGUUCAAAACUGUAUUUCAAGAUACGGAGUUACUCUACAACUGCUCUCUGAUCAAGGAAGAAACUUCGAUUCGGCUGUUUGCAGGAGACUGUGUGAGAUACUCGGCAUCGACAAAACUCGAACUACGGCUUUACAUCCUCAGUCAGAUGGCAUGGAAGAGAGAUUCAAUCGGACCAUUCUGAACAGUCUUUCUCCUGGUGUCCAGCAAUCAACAGGACUGGGACAAGAAACUGCCCUUUUCCUACUCGUCUAUAGAAGUGCUGUUCACGAGACUACUAGCUAUUCCCCAUCCCAAAUGCUCUUCGGACGUGACCUUCGUCUGCCUGCGGAUCUACUGUUCAGCCAGCCUCCUGAUGCUCCUUUGGUGCCUGAGGAAUAUGUCAAGAACCUCCGGACACGGAUGGAGGAGGUGCAUCAUCUGGCCAGAGACAGGAUCGGCAUGGCUUCAGAGAAGAUGAAGACCCAAUACGAUGCUAGAGCAACGGGACACAAUUUCCACGAAGGAGACCAAGUGUGGUUAUGGAAUCCGAAACGUCGCAAAGGACUUUCUCCGAAGUUGCAGACCAACUGGGAGGGUCCUUAUACAGUCCUUAAAAGACUGAAUGACGUUGUGGUACGGAUACAGAAAUCACCACACUCAAAACCGAAGGUGAUACAUUGUAACAGGCCAGCCCCUUACCUUGGCCAAGGUGAUUAA